UUAUAUUUUAAUUUGGAUAAGACUUCGCUUCCAGUGUUAAAUCUAUUUAUAUAAAAAAGUCAAAGUCUCUUCCACUCCAUUCGAUAAAUCGCAGAAGAAACGAAACGCCUCUCUGCAGGUUUCUAGAGAGAGAGAGAGAGAGUUAUGGCGCAAGCUGAUGCGGGUGAACCGGAGUACGAGAGUGAUCCCGAGGAGCUGAAGCGCUCCUUGGCGGCGAGGAGGAGAGAAGCUAGUGAUGACGAAGAGGACGAUGACGGUGGUGAAGGGGUUAAGAAUCGUAGAGCUGAGGUCGAUUCAGAUUCCGAGCAAUCUGAUGAACAGGUUGGUGAUGUGAAGUAUGAUAAUGACGAAAACAAGAGUGAAGAUGGAGAGGAGAGCUACGAGGAGGAGGAGGAGGAAGGCGAUGAGUAUUUGGAUGAUGACAAGAGGAGUAAGCCACCGGAAGAUGCGGCGGGUCAUGUAGAUGGAGAGGAAGAGAAGGAGAAGCAAUCGGCUGCGGUUCCUACAGGUGGAGCUUUUUAUAUGCACGAUGACAGGUUCCAGGAACUCUCUGCUGGGCGAAGCAGGCGAGGGCGGGGUGGAAGGAGAUCCUGGGGAUCUGGAGAUGAAAGAAAAUGGGGACAUGACAAGUAUGAAGAGAUGAAUACUACUCAGGAACAACAUUAUGAUCAGAAGGCUUCAAGAGGCCGACACAGAGGUCGCGGUCGAGGUAGGGGACAAGGGCGUGGAUACACUAGAGGGAGAAGCUCUAGUGCAUCAUCCAGCAAUGGGCAGCAAAUUUUUGUUCCUAAAGCUGCCACACGAGAGGGAGAGCCCAGGAAAGAUGAGACUCCCCUUAGCAAAGGCAAUCAAGCACAUUCCAUGCAGAAAAAACAGUUAAGAAAUUCUCGAGGUUCACAACAUUGGCAUGAGAAAGGGACACAUCACGAUUCACAGCGUUCACCAUCUGCACCUGCUAAAACUGGGAAUGAAUAUUCCCAUACCAAAAAGAAUGUAGUUGCUUCAAGUCUUAGUUCUGCUUCUCCUCCUUUUUAUCCUUCAGUGUCCUCGAGUAAUUUGGCACAUGGUAUACAAGUUGGAAUGGAAAAACUCCACACGAAUGAAAAUGCCACUUCCUCUGGGAAGAAGUACAGGAAUACAAAAUCCGUUUUUCUUCCUGUUAAUACUGCCCGGAAUGUUCAGUCCACGAGUCAAGGUAGAGGUGCUCCUGCUGCUGGGAACGUGUUUUACCCCCAAUCUCAUAGUCGAGGUGACAACAUGCAACUCAAUGGAGAUUCAAAAGGCACUGGCCAAAGCUAUACUAGAUCCUCUACCCAAAACACUAGCUCAUCAAAAAAUCGUUAUCCUCCUGGUGAAAUAGAAUCUGCGUCGGAAACAGGUGCGUCAUUUGGUAAGGGUAAAGGGACUCUCCAACCUAGUGGAAGCGGCUCUUUGAUGUAUAGUGGAUCUCAUGUGAUGGGGCGUGCAGAAAGUCUGCCGUCUGGUGACAAUUCUAAUUUCCCAGCUUUUCUGCCUGUUAUGCAAUUCGGUGGUCAACAUGGUGGGGUUCCAACUUUUGGAAUGGCUUUUCCAGGAUAUUACCAGCCUGAAAAUGGUGUUGGAAACCCGGAGAUGACUUGGAUGCCAGUUUUGACUGGUCCAGGAGCUUUAGGAGCUUCAUACAGUCCGCCAUAUGCUGCUAUUGAUGGUUCUUACCAAGCACACAAGCCAGGGUUACCUUCCUCUGCAGGAUCCUCCAGCAAAGAGAAUAGCACGAAUAACCUUACCGAUCUGGAGAAUCCCAUGGAGAGUCCUGAGGUUACAGAGAGUGGGUUUUCAAAACGGCAGAACAACAACCCAAGCAAGCAACCUCGUAGGUACUCGGAGAUGAGCUUUAGCAAGUGAUUACAUUUGUGUAAUACUAAGAAGAUGUGUUAGGGACUCCUUUGCGCAGGGCCCUCGCGCUUCUCCAAGCUUCUUUACUUCUCACUUUGGCCGCAGUUGUUCCUGCAUUUCUUAGGGAAGUCGUUGUCUCAAGCCUUGGCCAGCCUGUUUGGUGUUUCUUCUUUCUAUUUAUUUCCUAUGUAAUCAUUUCUGUUUCUUAUAUAAGGUUGAUGACUUUCUUCUGGUUUGGUGAUGUGUUUACUUUUCCGUAGAACAACAGACUAUGUUACGAACGAGAAAUGGUUAAUGGUUGAGACGUGUGUGAAUGAAUGCCAGCUACAUUUUAGCAAGCGUUA